AUGUUUUCAUCAUUAACUCGACGCACACAGCUCAAUUCCCAAAGAUUUUCUCGACUUUUCUCAACUCAACAUGACGAACGAUUGACACGACUAAGACAAAGAAUUAAACAACUAAAGAUUAAUUUAAGUGUUGUUCCGUCCGAGGAUGCUCAUCAGAGCGAAUACACUGCAGACUGUGAUAAUAGAAGAUCAUGGAUAUCUGGAUUUACAGGCUCGGCUGGAUGUGCUGUAAUUACUUCUUCAGAAGCCGCAUUGUUUACAGACGGGCGAUACUUCUUGCAGGCCUCUCAGGAACUAGGUCCUAAAUGGAAAUUAAUGAAACAAGGAAUACAAAAUGUACCUACAUGGCAAGAGUACCUUGGAAGUUUACCUACAAACUCCAACAUUGGAAUUGAUCCAUCUUUAAUUACAGCAGCGGAUGCCAAACAGUUGAAACAGAAUCUGGCUACUCGUGGUUCACAUCUGGUGUCUAUUUCCAACCUUGUGGAUAUGGUUCGCGAUGACCGGCCUAGUAGACCUUCAAAUCCUGUCAAGAUCCACCAUGAAAAAUAUGCUGGUCAGGAUCACCAAUCCAAGAUCAAUCAACUGAGAAUAGCUUUGGAUGUGAGAAAGUGUCAAGGCACAGUGAUCUCGAGCCUUGAUGAAAUUGCAUGGCUUUUGAAUCUUCGUGGAUCUGAUAUCCACUGUUGCCCGGUGUUCUUUGCUUAUUGCAUUGUUACCCAGCAAGAAACUAUGCUGUACAUAAUGAACAAGGGCAGAGAUAAUUUAUCGAAGAAUGUAGUCGAGCACCUCAACAAAGCAGGUGUUCAAUUGUGCGACUAUGAUGAUGUUUUUGAAGAUUUAAAGGAAACAACAGGACAAUUUAUGAUUGACAGUAACACUACCAGUUAUUCGAUACUGCAGGCCCUUGGCUCUGCAGUUAAGAAUGAAGCCGAGCUUGCGGGUAUUCGUGAGGCACACAAAAGAGAUGCUGCCGCUGUGUGCCGGCAUUUUGCUUGGUUGACCAAUACCCUGACUCAAGGAACCACUAUCCGAGAAGCGGAAGCCGCCAUUCACCUUGAAGAGAUGCGUAAACAAGAUCCUUUCUAUGUUGGAUUAGCGUUUGAUACAAUCUCAGGAACUGGGCCUAAUGGUGCUAUUAUACACUAUCAGCCCUCUACUAUCAAUUCAGCAAUUAUCGACCCAAAGCAGGUUUACUUGUGUGAUUCUGGAGCACAGUACCUUGACGGUACAACAGACAUCACUCGCACAUUUUUGUUUGAUGGACAGCCAACAGACUUUCAAAAAAGAGCCUUUACUCGGGUUCUUCAAGCUCAUAUAUCGAUUGACCAGGCAGUUUUUCCAAAGGAAACCACAGGCUAUCAAAUUGACUCUUGGGCACGUCAACCAUUGUGGCAGGAUGGUCUAGAUUACAGACAUGGAACGGGACAUGGAGUAGGGGCUUAUUUAAAUGUGCAUGAAGGACCUCAUGGUAUUGGUAGUCGUCCUAUAUACAAAACAAAGCCUCUUAAGCCAGGCAUGGUGGUUACCAAUGAGCCUGGAUACUAUGAAGAUGGACAGUUUGGUAUUCGAAUCGAAAAUGUUUUGAUAGUCCAACCAAAGGCUGUACCUUACCCUUCAGAAACCCCUUUUUAUGGAUUUGAGCAUGUGACCUUUGUGCCUAUGGGUCGUCGUCUGUUGGAUCAAACACUGUUAACUAGAGAAAAUCGGGAAUGGUUUAAUAAAUACCACAAAGAAUGUAGAGAUGUCCUUGAACCUUUAUUGAAAGGGGACUCUGCUACACUCCAAUGGGUUGAGCAACAAACAGAAACCAUCUAA